AUGCGCCGUGCACCCUACUUGCCCUGUAAUUGCAAGCAUGUUUGGCCAGCGCCAUAUUCUUAUGUGGAUUUAUCUUACGACAACAUUCCGUUCGUUGGAAAAAUUCCCGUUCUUGGAAAAGAAGGAACUUCGUCCAAAUUGGGAAUCUCUCCUUUCUACCCGCCACAAGGGAACCCUAGCAAUCCUUUCCCACCACUGUACAGAGCUCGUCCACUCCCAUUGCAUGUACCAGAACCUCAAGAUGUGGUCGCGGUGCCCCUUGAUGAAGAAGCUCUACAUGGAGAACCUCUAUUCCCUGCAGAGCUCCUCCUGCCAUCUGAACGAAAAGAAGAAGUUGGCGAGAAAGAGACAAUCGAAAAACCGACUGAUCCAUUUGGAACCACAUCAGAACUUUUUGAGGUAAUCGUUGCUAUUUAUGAGGGAGAGUUUCUAUAUCACUAA